ACAGCAUGAAAUCCACACUGCGCACGCGCAGAGUCGCGCGUCUUGUCGCCACACUCUCAAAUUGACAUUGUCGCCGCCGCCACUGUGUUCUAACGUUGUUAAUCGGUGCGUACAUGUACAAAUACAAAUUUGUUUGAAAGUGUAAUAAUCGUUAAUAUUUGUUUGUGUCGGGUUACGUUAGUCUGAGCGCACUUCCGCUUUCGUGUUAGCUUAGCUGGCUACUUAGCUUAGCUUGUUAGCUGCUAACAAAGAAAGGCGGAAGUGACUAACAUCGCCAAACAGAGAUUAAAUGUAAAUACAAAGUGUUUUUAUUGCGAGAACAUGUGCGAAAGAACGAUAGCAGGGUACGAGGAGAAACGUUCUUUAACAAAAGAGGAGAACGAAGAACAUCAACUACUGGACGCUGUUUUCAAGACACAUCAAGGUGUGUUACACAGAACAGACGUCUGUAAGGGACAUCUUCUGCCCGAGCAGCAGGGAUGGACCUCCGGGACGCAGCAGGACAAGUCACACCCCGCCAACAUUAAAGAUGAGGAGGAGGAACAUCGCAUCUGCCAGGAGGGAGAGCAUUUUGAAGGACUGGAGGUGUUCCCGUUAACUGUUGUCAUUGUGAAGAGUGAAGACGAUGAGGUUGGAAGUGAAAGUGAGGAGAAGAGAGAGGCGGAGCCUCCAAGCGGCAGCUCAACACAACACAUGACAACAGAAGCUGAUGGAGUCCACUGCGGAGGAUCAAAAGCAGACAAGCUCUUAGCUCCGCUAUCAGAUAGUGACGAGACGACGUCUCACUCGCCUGACACUGAUGACGGAGACUCUAAAACUGAUAAGACGUGUCCCACUGACAACCCACACUUUCAGUGCUCUCACUGUGACAAAACCUUUAAUCAUCGUCGUAAUCUGACAACACACACGAGAAUACACACCGGAGAGAAACCGUUUUCCUGUGCAGUCUGCGGUAAAAGUUUUCUACAAAACGGUGAUUUGAAAGUACACAUGAGAAUACACACCGGAGACAAACCGUAUUCCUGUUCGAGCUGUGGCAAAGACUUCACUCAGAGGCAACAUUUGAAAACACACAUGAGAAUUCACACCGGAGAGAAGCGAUUUUCAUGUUCAAUCUGUGGCAAAUGUUUCAUUGAAAACGGCGUUUUGAAAAGACACGUGAGGACACACACCGGGGAGAAACCAUUUGUGUGCUUAGUGUGUGGCAAAAGGUUCUCCCAGAAGCAUAGUCUGAAAAUGCACGCGGCCAUACACACCGGAGAAAAACCUUUUUCCUGUUCAGUCUGCGCCAAAGGUUUUAUGCUAAAUAUCGAUUUGAAAAUACACACGAGAAUACACACGGGUGAAAAACCAUUUUCCUGCUCCAUUUGUGGUAAAAGUUUUACACAAAGUCAACAUUUGAAAAGACACAUGAGAAGACACACUAGUGAGAAACUGUUGAGCUACAGCGUGUGCGAUGAAAGAUGUUCUUACGAGGGCGUCGCUGAGAACUGCAGCAGCAAAUGAAUCUGAAGGAUUUUAAAGACUGUCAAAACUUUUAACUUUUCAUUUUUAGGUCAGUGUUUUUAUGUGUAGUGCAGGCAAAGAUAAACAACAUUGUGUAUCGAUAUUUAUGUGUUGGAUUUUUUUUUUAAAGAAAACCAUACAAAUCAAUUAUCUUUAACAUACAAUAAUGUAUGUAUUCAACCAUCCAUUUUUUUACUGCUUGUCCCUUUUUGGGGUCAUGGGAGGGUCGCUGGAUCCUAUCUCAUCGCAGAUGUAUGUAUUCAGAUAUUCUUUAUUAUAUUUACACUUAUUUAUAAUUGUGUUUUCAAAUAUAUGAAGUGUGUUACAAAUUUUAAUUUUUAUAUAUUUCAAUUUGUAAAUGAUUCCAUAGAUCUAUAUACAUAUUUGUUUUACAUUUGUUCAUACAUUUGCUUUUAAAUACAAAAUAAUUAGGGACCGAUGUCCCUUUGGGACAGAGGACCCAAUUGAAUUUCUUAGGUUUUAUUAUUAUUAUUCUUUAUUAUUAUACCGCCGCCUCUUCGAGCUGUAAUUUGACCCUCUUAACAUGCUUAAAAACUCACCAAAUUUGACACACACAUCAGCACUGGCGAAAAUUGCGAUCAAAAUCAAAAAACCAAAACCCAAAAUUGCGCUCCAGCGCCCCCUAGGAAGAAAACACAGACAAAACUGUAACUUCCAGUAGGAACAUCGUAGAAACAUGAAACAAAAACCACUACGUAGGUCUCAGUUAGACCUAUAUUUCAUAAACUCAUACCUCAAUCAGGACGUUUGCAAUUCCCCUUCAAUACAAAAGUUGGCUAAAAAAUGUUUUGCUUUUUUUUCAAACAUUAUGUCCUCUGAGGCCGUUUGUCAUUUCGGCUUCAAAUAAGCAAGAGAAGAGAGAUUGAACCCUUCUGAUUAAAAGUUGAUGAAAGAGUUUUAAUUACCACCCCGGUUUGGAUUUUAUGAGCCCGGAAAGAACUGGCGGCUGGUGCUGUUGUGUGUACUGCUGUCACAAAAUGGCGGCUUCCUGCUCAGACAAAACUGCUUCUAACUCAAUGUAGGGUUGUCAUACACACAUGAAACAAAAUCCUCAAUAUAGGUCUCACUGAGACCUAUAUUUCAUACACUGACCGCCCCCAACUAAAAUCAACAGGAAGUUUGCUAUUCCCACUUCAAUACAACAGCUGCAUUAUAUUCACAAUGCAUUAAAGUCUCAUAGUAAUAACAACUGUUAUUACUAUGAGACUGAUGUAUAACAUGUGUAUAUUUUUUUUUCUCUGUGUAAUAAUCAUCCAUCCAUCUUCUACCGUUUAUCCAGGCUUGGAUCGCGGGGGCAGCAGCAGCUUUGAUUCCUCUUAUUUCCUAUAUGGGAAACAUUUUCUGGGCCACUUUUGGAAGCAUAUUAUGGUAAUCGGGUUGUACUUGUAUCACGCUUUUCUACCUUCAAGGUACUCAAAGCGCGUUGACACUACUUCCACAUUCACACACUGAUGGAGGGAGCUGCCAUGCAAGGCGCUAACCAGCACCCAUCAGGAGCAAGGGUGAAGUGACUUGCUCUAGGACACAACGGACGUGAGGAGGUUGGUAGAAGGUGGGGAUUGAACCAGGAACCCUCAGGUUGCUGGCACGGGCACUCUCCCAACGGCGCCCGCCGUCCCCUCCUCUUGGGUGCAUUUGUUCGACAUUAAAAAGAAAUAAACAAGA